CAUGGCGAAGCGGCCAGUGGGGGGCUCGUGCGCCCCCCACCACGGCGAGGACUUCUCAUUCGUCAGCCCGUUGGUCAAAUACCUGCUUUUCUUCUUCAACAUGGUUUUCUGGAUGAUCUCCAUGGCCAUGGUGGCGGUGGGCGUCUACGCCCGGUUGAUGAAGCAUGCAGAGGCGGCGAUGGCGUGCCUUGCUGUGGACCCGGCCAUCCUGCUGAUCGUGGUUGGAAUCCUGAUGUUUUUCAUCACUUUCUGCGGCUGCAUCGGCUCCCUGCGUGAGAACAUCUGUUUGCUGCAGACGUUCUCGGUCUGCCUGACGGUCAUCUUCCUGCUGCAGCUGGCGGCUGGCGUUCUGGGCUUCGUCUUCUCCGACAAGGCACGUGGGAAGGUGAGUGAGAUAGUCAACAACGCCAUUGUGCAUUAUCGCGAUGAUUUGGAUCUCCAGAACCUCAUCGACUUUGGCCAGAAGGAGUUCAGCUGCUGCGGGGGCAUCUCCUACAAGGACUGGUCCCAAAACAUGUACUUCAACUGUACGGCCCACAACCCCAGCCGGGAACGCUGCUCUGUGCCUUAUUCCUGUUGCCUGCAAACUGACGACCAGUCGGUCAUCAACACCAUGUGUGGCCAAGGGAUGCAGGCCCUCAACUACCUGGAGGCCAGCGAGUUCAUCUACACCAACGGCUGCAUUGACAAGCUGGUGAACUGGAUCCACAGCAACCUGUUCCUGCUGGGCGGAGUGGCGCUGGGUCUGGCCAUCCCCCAGCUGGUGGGCAUCCUUCUCUCGCAAGUUCUCGUCAACCAGAUCAGAGACCAGAUUAAGCUCCAGCACUACAACCAACAGCAUCGAGCCGACCCCUGGUACUGAGAGGACUUGCACCCAGCGGAGGAGCGGGCUCCCCCUGCCGCCAGGAACCUACGGGGUGGG